GUAAGGACUCUAUGGUAAAACCAAAGCACUGAUUAUUAUUGUUGUUAAUGAGAGAACCACAGAUAUUAGCUCCGUUAUUGAGUAAGAAUGAUGUUAAUUAAGGGGAAGAAUUUUCAUGCUUGGUGGUGAGAUGACCAGUUACGGCUCCACUUUGCUGCUGUGGGAUACAGUACAGGUGUUUAAACUCCACAUGACCUGUGUGUGACUCCUUUGAAGAUUAUAUUCAGCAUGAUCGUCAGAAGAAUGAGAACCUACUGUUGACAACAAGAAGUUACUUAAAUGGAGAUUUAAAGGAAAUCUUUUCCGCUCGAAGCAAAUUUUAAACCAAAUAAAUGACAUACCAACAAGUUAUGUGGACAAGUUAGUGCCAUGGCAACGUCAGCAACACCAGGCUCCGACGCCUUCGUCAGCUCUCUCACCUCCAUGGUGAAUAGAGAAGACACAAUUGCCAUCCUCCGUGCUCAGACUCACAUGCUGAGUCGCUUCGAGAAAACAAACGAGACGCUCUCAAACUUUAACAAGUUGUCUGCCGUUAGAUACGAGAAAACAAUCGAGCAAUUCAAGAAACAUACUCAGGUGUUGAUGGACAUGAAAAGGGAUCUUGACAUUGUCUUCAGAAAAAUCAGAGUGCUUAAAGACAAGUUGUCUACUGAGUAUCCUGUUGCUUUUGAAGCUUCCUUUAAAGAAAUCUCAAGACUUGAUGAUGAAGAAGAGGAAGAGGAGUUUGCAUCAAAGAAGGAGACGGCUCAACCUGCAUCCAAAGAAACCCCACCAGACACAACGGAACAAGACUAGUGAGACGUGUUUUUUUGUUCAAAUUCCCAGCAAUGUCCUGAGUAGUGUUGUAGCGAUGGUGGGCAGUGCUGGGCAGUGCUGGGCAGGCCUGCCCAGAACUAACAAAUUUUGCCCAGCACUCUGAGCAUUAUACACUGUGCUGCCCAGCACAGAUUUUUCCCAGAUUGCACUUCAGCAAUGAUGGUCCCAUAUCUAAACAUGAAAUCAUUUUGUUGAAACUGCUCACCCUUGGAGGACUAAAUUGGAUUUUGAGCCCACCACUUAAAUUGGUCUAGCAACAACACUGGUCUUGCGGCCGACUUUUCUUGGGCGGAAGUCACUGGUAUUCCAAUGUAUUAUAAAGAGUUAUAACGGCAAUUCGAUGGCUUUGUAAAUAUGCUUUGUAAACGUGCUAGUGACAUUUUGUGCAUCGUUGUUAAAGUGUAAGUUGUUAAAAAACUACAGGGAGUGUUAUAUAUAAAUAAAAAAUAUAAAAGGACAUGGAAACUAAUGCAAUAGCUAUGGGCAAAUAUUUAUUUCAAAUUUGACCUGAAUGCAAGAUAAAACUAUGGAAACACAGGAGUUAUCCACUAUUGGACAGUGUGUGCUAUGUUGUCUUUUUGCGAACAGUAUGGAUGAAUGUAUCUCGAUCAUCAUGGAUGAUGACUUCGUUUACAGCUUAAAAGAGCCAUUCUAAAGGCACACGUUCUCCCAUGAAAUUGAACUCAAAGGUUCAUUGGAACAGUGAAAGUAUGUAUUCUUCUUCUUUAGUCCAUUAGGGCGUCAGCCGUCCGGUGGUGAUCCAAGAAGUGAAUUCCUUCCACGCGUCCCUGUCCAGUGCGGUCUUCCCCAGGCCAUACAGACUCCCCCCAUUAAGUGCACGAAUGUUAUCUGAUGAGUAAUGCUAAUUACCCCCUUUCCAUGCUUCUGUAAGCCCAGAUUAUUCGCUUGCAGUAAACAGAGAUAUGAAAUUGGGCCCUGUUCCAGCAUUUUAAUCAAUUCACCGUUUCCUCAAGCUAAGGAUGAAACAAAUAUUCUUCUCUUAUUCUGAUGACAUCUUGGUGUAUUUAAGCCUAGAUUCUGCCUCUUUUACCCAUGUCUGUUAACUACAAGCAUUCAUGUAGUCAAUACAAACAUUGUUAGCGCCUUACUCAGUUAGUGUCUUUCGUUGUACUCUCACUGCUAGUGAUAUUGGAUGGGAAACAUGACUAAAUAUUUAUCAUUAGACAGAAUGAGGUGCUCUUUCCAUUGAUACAGUUUGUUGUGGUAUGUUCAUAUGCAAGGCAGUAAAUAAAUGAUCAUUGCUACUGUUGGCGCCUAAACUACGGAAGCGCUUAACUUGCUACUGUUGGCGCCUAACUACGGAAGCGCUUAACUUGCUACUGUUGGCGCCUAACUACGGAAGCGCUUAACUAUGGUAUAUAGUGUAGUUUCUUUGUACUCGCACUGCUAGUGUGAGACGGGAAACAACAUAAUACAUGUAACGAGAAUGAUGUGCUCUUUCCAACAAUACAGUUUGUUGAGGUAUGUUUAUAUUCAAGGCAGUAAAUAAUUUAAGUUUUUGUAAUAAGUUCUACAUGGGCCUAGGCAGAAACAGGGCUUAUGUCCUGUGACAGUCCAGGAUGAUAUGGGGUAUUUUUCAGGAGUAUAUAAGUCAAUGCAUUGUUCAGUGACCUGAUGGGAGGAGAUUGUAUGCUCAGUGGUCGGAGCAUUUUUUUUAAAAAAGGCAGUGGACACUAUUGGUAAUUGGCAAAGACUAGCCUUCACAGUUGGUGUAUCUC